AAUUCCUGCUUCUGCGUAGUUUUACCAAUUACAGCUGACUGUCAGCAGCGAUCAGUUUAAGUGUAGUACAAUUAAAGUUCCUCAAAAAUCUCCAUUAAAUCCAACCAAAGAAAACAAAAUCAUUCAAGCAACCAAAACUAUGUGAUCCAGAUAAGUUAUAAAUCGAAAAGUUCAAGUACCAAUAUAAAUAGCCCUUUGAAAUCAAUCAAUAAUAAAGAAAUAAAGCCACCUAGACCUGCAAAAUGACAUGGCUCGGUGACAUCGCGAACAACGUCUUCCGGAACAUCGUCUUCGGAGACACGGCGCCGAACAUAGUCCUGGAAGUAAGAUCGGACAAAUACAGCAACCGGCACAUCCACUGCCGAGAAGAAGGGAUUAUGCUGUACGGACCAGGUGACAAGAAUGACAAAUACGAGAUAGUCCUCCACCGUCCCUGUCAAGAGACUUUGAUCCACUCCUUCAGCCUGUUCCGCUCCGAGAGCUUAGAGGUCGCCGAGGUGCGCUUCACCGUCUACAAAGACAAGGUUCCAAUCUUGGUCCAGAUCUGCAAGGACUUGAACACCGUAGCAAGGAUCCAGAAGCUCUGCGACACCUUAUCAAGCUGUCCCACCUGGACCCUGGCGCACUUAGCCGCCUACAUGGCGCUGUACGACGCCUUCAAGGACGCCACAGUGAAGAAGGAUUUGAACAGCAGUGACCUAACCACAGGAAUAUCUCCCCUGCAAGUGGCGAUCCAGACCAACAACCUUCAGAUGGUCGCCCUGCUGAUCAACGAGCACGCAUCCGUAGAGCACCUGGACUACACAGCCAAUACAGUGUACCACUACGCGGCCAAGUCCACCAAGGACAUAAUCUUCGCACUGGGCGCCAACUCUCCCAACGUGCUGAACAGCAGGAACAGCCAGGGCCAGACUCCGCUGCACGUAGCUUGCCACAAUGACAAACCAGACUGCGUCAAGGCCUUGCUGAUGAUCGGGGCUGACGUGAACAUCUCCGCCAGCGAGUCAACCGCCAAUGGGCCCAGCUACGUCGCAGACUACAUGAGCGACAAGCCGAACUCGUUGUUCUCCGAAGAUAUGAAGUUCGGAGGGACGCCCUUGCACUGGUCUUCCAGCCGGGAGGUGGUCAACGCCCUUAUUGAGAUGAACUGCGACAUAAACGCGCUGAACUUCGACGGACGGACCGCUUUGCAUAUUAUGGUGAUGCGCAAGAGAUUAGAUUGCGUGAUGGCUCUGCUGAGCCACAUGGCGAACAUAAACCUGGCGGACAACCACGGAGACACCCCUCUGCACUUGGCGGUCCAGAAAGGAGGCUCACUUUCGGUGGUACAGAUGUUAAUUGGCUUCGGGGCGGAUAUUGAUGCCAAGAACUUCAAGAACGAGUCGCCCAGGCACUUGGUGGAGCUUAAAGGCGAAGGUGAGAAAAUUCUGUAUGCGUUGCACGCAGUUGGGGCCAAGCGUUGUGAUAGUAUGACAAAGGAUUGUGGAUUGGGGUGCAGACAGGGGGAGACUUUCAACGGAGUGGCGCCUCCAGAGCCGCCUACGUCCAUCCCCAGGACUGUUUUGGACCAGAUGCUCUAUGUAGCGAGUAUGGCGAAGAUGGCGUCUCAAGGAACGCAGAAGCUCAAGGGGGGAAGGCUGCUUUGUUUAGAUGGUGGAGGAAUCCGAGGCCUGGUUUUAGUCCAGGCUUUGAUCGAGAUCGAGGCGGUUUUGCAGAAGCCAAUUGUCUCUUGCUUCGACUGGAUCGCCGGAACUUCCACGGGGGGGAUUCUUGGGCUAGGAAUGGCUGCGGGGAAGAGCUUGAGGGAAUGCCAAGCGCUUUACUUUAGAAUCAAGCAGGAUGCGUUUGUCGGGUCGAGGCCUUACUGCAGCGAGAAUCUGGAGAAGGUGCUGAAGGAUUGUCUCGGAGCUGAUACGGUUAUGGCGGACAUCAAGGCGCCCAAGCUGAUGAUUACUGGAGUAUUGGCUGAUAGGAAGCCCGUGGAUUUGCAUUUGUUCAGGAAUUAUCCUUCGCCGAGCUACUUGAUGAAGAUCCCGCACAAUUCUAACUUCAAGCCGACUUUAGGGCCGGAGGAGCAGCUGCUCUGGAAAGCUGCGAGGGCAACCGGGGCGGCUCCUUCGUACUUCAGGGCCUUUGGGAGGUUCCUGGAUGGAGGGCUGAUCGCUAAUAACCCGACGCUGGACGCCAUGACGGAGAUCCAUGAGUACAAUCUUGCUUUGAGGGCUUCUGGCAGGGAAGAAGAAGCCACUCCGCUGUCCUUGGUGGUCUCUCUGGGCACUGGAGCUGUUCCUGUCGCUCCUAUGAAGGAUAUUGAUGUUUUCCGCCCGGAGAGCAUUUGGGACACCAUGAGACUGAGCAUGGGAAUCUCGGCGUUGGGAAAUUUGCUGGUUGACCAGGCCACUGCUGCUGAUGGGAGGGUGGUGGAUCGUGCAAGGACCUGGUGUUCUAUGGCGGGGAUUCCGUAUUAUAGAUUCAAUCCGCAGUUGUCGGCUAUUGUGGCUAUGGAUGAGAAGAGCGAUGAGAUUCUUGCUGAUAUGAUCUGGACUGCCAAGGCUUCUAUGCAUGCUAACAGGGACCAGGUCAAGGAACUCGCCGCUGUUCUUGCUAGAGAUCCAUGAUUUGGGUAGGGUUUGCUCUAGGGUGUCUAUUAUGUUUAUAACGUAAGUCAAGCUACCUCUAGGAAAUCUCAUUAUUCGUAAUUGGUGUAAUUACUGGUCCAUUGUUGCAAAAGUAACCUGAUGAUAGUGAGCGGUCUUUAUUGAUAGAGAAUUAAGGGAUUUGUUGUGUUGUUCGUAAAUAAAAAAAAUUUUUUUUACAAUCGGGUGGCUUAAGAGGUUGGGCAAAUUUUGGUCUUUUGAAAUUUUAAGGUAGAUUUGGUAAAAUUAAAUUUUACGCGAUAUAAAUUGCAAAAGGGUGGAUAAAUUUUUUUUUUAUUUUUGAAAAGGUUAAAAUUUUCUAAAAAAAUUUUUUUUUUUUUUUUUAAAGACAUUCUUUUGAAUUUAGAAAAAUAAUUUUAGAACCAAAAGGGAGUAAGGAAAAAAACCCCAUUAGUGACACCUUUAACCCCUCUUAGUGGCAUUUUUUUUUUUUCAAUGAAAAAAUGUUCUACUUGGAAUAAAAAUUCAAAAUUUAGGUCUUAAAGAUUAGAA